CGCGCGCUCCCCGUAUGUAGUUAUUUCCGUUAGCCAGUUGCUACAGCAAGUAAACAGUGGUUCCAGCGAUACUAGAUCGGCAGAUCGUAAAUCCGAGUGCCGGACACACCGUCUAAACAUGUCUGAAAAAGGAGAAGUUGAUUUGACGGGGGCCAAGCAAAAUACCGGCGUGUGGCUCGUAAAGGUGCCAAAGUAUCUUUCUCAGCAGUGGGCCAAAGCACAAGGAAGGGGCGAAGUUGGAAAACUAAGGAUUAGCAAGAAUCAAGGAAAAGCAGAAGUGUCUUUCACUCUGAACGAGGAGCUCACAGUGAUCGACAGUGUUGGGGACAAAGGGUCACAAGUGCACGUCCCCAGGGAGCACCCGUUCACCAUGCAGAUGGUAGGAGGACAGACGCUGGCCGUAUUCACGGAGACCUCAUCAGGGCAGUCAGAAGAGAGGUCUGACAGCAGUGUUCCAGAUAAGAUCGCCCUGGAGGGAGUGGUGGUCCAGCGUGCCGAAUGCAGACCUGCAGUCAGCGACAGCUACAUGAGAUUAAAGAGGCUGCAGAUUGAGGAGUCCUCCAAGCCGAUGCGUCUGUCGCAGCAGCUGGACAAGGCUGUUACAACCAACUACAAGCCUGUAGCCAACCACGCCUACAAUGUAGAGUAUGAGAGAAGGAAGAAGGAAGAAGGCAAGCGAGCACGAGGAGACAAGCAGCAAGUGCUGGACAUGCUGUUCUCUGCAUUUGAGAAGCACCAGUAUUACAAUAUCAAGGACCUGGUUGACAUUACCAAGCAACCUGUGACCUUCUUGAAGGAGAUCCUGCGUGACAUUGGUAUCUAUAACAUCAAGGGCACCCAUAAGAACACCUGGGAACUGAGGCCAGAGUACCGCCAUUAUCAGGGGGAGGCGGAAAAGAGUGACUAGCGGGUAUAUCAUGCAUCUGUCUAGAGCUGUGCCCUUGUGUUUUGUAUUCAGCUCAAGGACUACUCAAAGGGAACUUUGACUUUCUUGUCCUGGAACCUUUUUCAAACAUUGAACUUGACUUUCAGAUUUUUUGGAACAAGAACUUGUUUUCCUGAUUUCUUAAUAGCAGAAUACUGUGAGUUGUUAUGAAAAUGUACCAAUUGUUUUCCAUAUUUUUAGAAAAUCAUAAACAUUAAAUCAGUAUUAAGUUGAAUGGCUUUAUACAGAUAUGCAGGUUCUGUCAUUUAAUAUCUUGACACCAUAAUGAGGAUCCCACAGUAAUGUGAUGCAUUGAUUGGUAGUGUAGUGUUGCUUUAGAAAAGAUUUUGUAAAUAUUGUAAAAUAAAAAAAAAAAACUGAAAAACAUGUGCUCUUCUGUUAAAGUAGCAGAAAGAUAUUGAAAACUGUAAUGCAGUGUCAACUUUCCCAGUGUUACUUCUAUUUUUAACAUCUGGUUCAUUUAAUCCUUGAGUGGGGAGAGUAAACUCCUUGUAUCUUAGUAUAGAUGCUCUGCACUGUGUGGUGUAGUAAAUCAGUGCUUCCAUGUAGCGAAAAUGAUUGCCGGACAAAAUAUUAAGACAUUUUGAAAGGUAAGAGUUCAAAGAUAGCUGCAUUUGUUCUCAGGAGAAGCCUCACACAGAUAAGCCAACCACUCAGUUCUGACUCUACAAUGUUAAGAUACAAGAGUAAUGUUAUUUAAUGAUUAUUUUGGAAAAUGUCCACACGUUUUCUUCCUUUGAUUGACUGGCAUUCUAGAAAGCCCACUUUUCCAGCAAGCAGUUGUGAAGAAAUCAUCCUCCCACUCACUGUUGGAGUGGUAUGUUUUGGGCUUUUUACAGCCUGGUCCUGCACUAAUAAAUAAAUGUGCUAAUGAUUUGGUUUACGCUGCUGACGUUAACGGCUUCUUGCUGUUUCAUUGCCGCCAACUUGGCCUGGGUGAGUGUGGUAAGUACACAGUUGACCUGUGGAGUGCUUCUCUUGAGUGACUCACUCUUCAGGGGCUGUACUUUGGUUCUCCAAAGAGAUGAUAGUUACUAUAGUAACAGUUGCUAUGGAAAUGCUGGGAUGCCACUACAUCAGAACAGCUGUCAGCGGUAAGUGGGGGGGCCUUAUUAUAGUCAAAUAGUUAUAAAUUGCAUAUAGUCCACUUAGCCAAACUAUAUCCUGCACACCCUGAUUGGGGUGUGGAGUCUAAAAAGGCAUAUUGUACAGGCUAAAUCUGGUACUGGUAAAAUUAAAUUAGGGGUUGUCAUAUUCCCCAGCAGAAAUGCUUAUAAAUGUGUUGCACCUGUUCAGAGUGAAAGUGCCUUCUCAUUUCAUCUUACAUCAGCUUGUUAAUAUAGCUAACAUUUAUUUUUAGACUCAGGUUCUUGUCUCCUUUACUCUUAUUGGUUUUCUUCAGAGGAGUAAUCAACAGAAACUGCAGUCAGUGCUAGGAACUAUCAGUUCUAAAUGCUGGAAGAUGCACAACUCCAGUGUGAUGCUAUUUACAGCCAUUGUAGAAGUCACAAAAUGUACAUUUGUCCAUUUCCAGUUAAAUGACAUUUCACUGCCUGAAUU